AUGACGCUGCUGGAUGUCAUUCUGGUGUUUGCUGUCCUCCGCCUCCCUACCUCGGCCUCUGCAGGACUCAGUUCAAUGGCUGACAAUGAAGACGCCCUCCUCAGGCAUUUAUUCCAGGGAUACCAGAAAUGGGUUCGCCCCGUGCUGUAUUCCAACGACACCAUCAGAGUGCAUUUUGGAUUGAAACUCUCCCAGCUGGUGGAUGUGGAUGAAAAGAAUCAACUGAUGACAACAAAUGUGUGGCUCAAACAGGAGUGGACAGACUACAAGUUACGCUGGAACCCUGAUGACUACGGUGGGAUUCACUCCAUCAAAGUUCCCUCGGAGUCCCUCUGGCUGCCUGACAUAGUGCUUUUUGAAAAUGCCGACGGGCGAUUUGAGGGCUCCCUCAUGACCAAGGUCGUUGUGAACGCCAAUGGAACGGUGGUUUGGACGCCUCCCGCCAGUUACAAGAGCUCGUGCACCAUGGAUGUCACUUUCUUCCCCUUCGACCGGCAGAACUGCUCCAUGAAGUUUGGCUCGUGGACUUACGACGGCACCAUGGUCGACCUCAUCCUGAUAGAUGAGAACGUUGACAGGAAAGACUUCUUCGAUAACGGAGAAUGGGAGAUACUUAACGCCAAGGGCAUGAAGGGAAGCAGAAGGGACGGCCUGUAUUCCUACCCCUUUAUCACCUACUCUUUCGUGCUGAGGCGCCUGCCUCUGUUUUACACCCUCUUUCUGAUAAUCCCUUGCCUGGGACUGUCCUUCCUCACGGUGCUGGUCUUCUACCUGCCUUCCGAUGAGGGCGAGAAGCUCUCACUGUCCACGUCUGUGUUGGUGUCUCUGACCGUUUUCCUCUUAGUCAUUGAGGAAAUCAUCCCUUCUUCCUCAAAGGUCAUCCCUCUCAUUGGCGAGUACCUGCUGUUCAUCAUGAUUUUCGUGACUCUGUCCAUCAUCGUGACGGUUUUUGUGAUCAACGUCCAUCACAGAUCUUCAUCCACGUACCAUCCCAUGGCGCCUUGGGUGAAGCGCAUCUUCCUGCAAAAACUUCCUAAACUGCUUUGCAUGAAGGAUCACGUGGAUCGAUGCGGUUUCCCUGGUAAAGAGGAAAGCGUACGAGGAGGGAAAGGUCAAUUCCUGGGCAACAAGAGGAUGAAGCAGAUGAGUGAUGGAGAGAAAGUCCUGGUCGCUUUCUUGGAAAAGGCUGCAGAUUCCAUCAGAUACAUUUCAAGUCAUGUGAAGAAAGAACAUUUUAUCAGCCAGGUGGUACAAGACUGGAAGUUCGUAGCUCAAGUUCUGGACAGAAUCUUCCUGUGGAUCUUUCUGAGUGUGUCCAUCACCGGCUCCGUUCUGAUUUUUACCCCUGCUUUGAGGAUGUGGCUGCACAGUUACUACCAGGAACAAGUUUCCAGCGCCAUUUAA